AUGAAGAAUAAAUUAUACACUUGCACCACAUGUCUACGCCGAACAUCCCCAUACCUCCUCCCCUCGCGACGAACAAUCUCCUCCAAGACCGUCGUCACCCCCGAACCAAAACCAAAACCCAGCAAUCCAAAUAAACUCCAACUCAGCGAUCUCACACCCUCCGAAAUUUCCUAUUACUGGGAUACCCAAGUCCCCAAUGAAACUCAACUAUCCUACGCUGACAAAUUCUUCCUCCCAUCUCGCCAUUCCCCGAUCAAAAUAUGGUCUGCUAGCAAGUUUCGCACGGCGCCGAUGUCGUUGGACCCGGAGGUAGCCUUCCUUGGUCGAUCUAAUGUUGGGAAGAGCUCCGUGUUGAAUGCGAUCAUGGGAAAGGAGGUGUGCUGGACGUCCUCCAAACCCGGACGAACGAGGGAGAUGAAUGCGUUUGGGAUUGGGGGGACUAAAGGCGGCGAGUCCAAGAUUGUGCUGCUUGAUAUGCCGGGAUACGGGAAAGCGAGUAGGGCCGAAUGGGGUGUUGAGAUUAUGAAAUAUCUCCAGGGCAGAAAACAACUCCGACGCGCAUUUCUCCUAAUAGACAGUCUACACGGCAUGAAACAGCAAGACCGAGACCUCCUCUCACUAUUCCGAAGAUACGCUAUCCCCCACCAAAUCAUUUUAUCCAAGGUCGACAAGGUACUAGGCAAGAAAAAGAAACAAGUAAAGACCGGUGCAUCAGCAGCCAACGUCGCCGCGCUGAGAAGUCUACUACAAGAGCUGAAACCAAUCGUGCAACCCAUCGACGGUCGAAUCGAAGGCCCCGGUGCUCUGGGUGAAAUUCUCACAUGUAGCGCUGCAACACCAACUGGGCCAGGCCAGGCACUGGGGGUUAGUGCCUUGCGCUGGGCUAUUCUGUCGGCUGCUGGGUUCGAUGCGAAUGUGGAAGUGAAGGAUCAUCAAAUUCCUGGGGCUUCUAUUGCGGAUCCACCAAAGCAAGCAUCAUGAUGAGUAUCUAGAGCGAUGAGAUGCUAUGCAUUACGCAGAUAUCAACUACUGCUGUCGGAAACUGGGAUGCUCUAUGAAAUAGACCACAAAGCGUGGUUACAUGACUAGCAAGUCCCUGGACUCUCACCUCCUGUCUAUGAUAUGAUCCCGUUUCUCGCUGAUCGACAGCAAAUGAGAAACUUCUACCAUGCCCCGAUUUGGCUCAGGCGGUGACUUCCACGCGCCAGAAUCGCGAUGAAUGCUGCCUUUUAUAUUCACGACCGAGCCAUCGUGAUACCCCAGC